AUGAUUGAAAGUUUAAAUGUUAUUGGGAGACUGAAUAAGAAACAAUUAAUUGAUAUUGGAGAAAUUAAUGAAAAUACUCAAAGCUCAAUUGAUAUUACCCAAACAAAUACUUUAAAUGAAAAGAAAGAAAUUUUAACUUCGAACAGACUUUCUACUCAAGGUACUGGUACUCGACAUUCGACACGUGAAAAUCUUCAGGAAUCAUUAACUUCAAGUAAAGGAGCUUUGGGAACUGUUGGUAUUGGGACGGAAUAUCUUUAUAUUAAAGUGAAGCAAGAGCUAAUAUGCAUGGUACACAUAAAUUUCCUGUUUCAUGUUAUGGAACAAUUGGAGAUACUAAUCAUAAAAGAAAGCAAAACUUCUAAAACAGGACCUGCUGUAUACAAUGUGAUGAAAAAGAAGUUUCACCUUAUGACUGUGGACUACUGUCACUAG